UGACGUCAGGCUGUGGGCGGAGCUGCGGCGGACGGUGAAGAAGGAGGAGGUUUGUUGUUUGUUGUUUGCUUCGACGGUUUCUGCCCGAUUUAACGGACGAAACGAGCGGGACAGAAACAGUUUCACGCCUUCAACCAGCCGAGGGCCGCGUUUAGCAUCUGCUGCGUCGAGCGGAAAGACCCGGAAACAUGAAAUGGAUGUUCAAAGAGGAUCACUCGUUGGAACAUCGAUGCAUAGAAUCGGCCAAAAUCCGCAACAAAUACCCUGACAGGGUCCCGGUGAUCGUGGAGAAGGUUUCUGGAUCACAGAUCGUGGACAUCGAUAAGAGGAAGUACUUGGUUCCCUCUGACAUCACGGUGGCCCAGUUCAUGUGGAUCAUCAGGAAACGCAUCCAGCUCCCCUCAGAGAAAGCCAUCUUUCUGUUCGUGGACAAGACGGUGCCUCAGUCCAGCAUCACGAUGGGGCAGCUGUACGAGAAGGAGAAGGACGAGGACGGCUUUUUAUACGUGGCCUACAGCGGAGAGAACACCUUUGGUUUUUAGGAUCACCGAGCAGCCGACGGCGACGCCCACCCACAUCCAAUCACAGCCCUCACUCAGCCUGCGGACGGCGAGGGAAGCCCAGAGAUUCAGAGACACCCGGAGGACGGACGGAGGGACGGAGGGACAUGAAGGCAGCAG